GUUGUUUUGAUUUAUUUAAAAGUAAUUCCUCGUACGAAGAAAGUGCAAAAGCAACAUGAGAUUCGUUUUUAACAUAUUGUUUUUUAUAGGGGUGGCUUCAUCAGAGGUUCAUUAUGGACCAAACGAAAAGGAAACUCCACAAAGAGUAAGAAUAAUUGGAGGACAAGAAGCUGAGGUCAACCAAUACCCAUGGCAAGUGGCCUUAUCUAUAACCAGUGCCAAUGGUAACGAGUAUUUCUGCGGUGGUUCUCUAAUAUCUGAAAAAUGGAUUCUCACCGCAGCACAUUGUCUAUCAAAUGUUGUAUCUGUUAUGGCGAGUUUGGGUGUUCAUAACAUCAAUGUCAAUGAACCAUCUCGCCAAGAUAUUCCGGCUGAAGACUUUACAGUACAUCCAAAGUGGAACAUAUCGACUGCCUCAAAUGACAUUGCCCUCGUUAGACUUACCACUGAAGCUGUCAUUAAUGAUGCCGUUCAAGUUGUGACAUUGGCCACUGCAGGAACUUUUGCAGGUUAUGACGCUGAACUAAGUGGUUGGGGAAAGGUUUCCAGUGCGUCAACAGAAAUAUCCCCAAUCCUUAAAAGAAUCGAUUUAAAAGUGAUCUCGAACGUUCUCUGCACUUUAUACUAUUCUGUCUAUAUAAAAGACAGCAACAUAUGUACAUCAGGAUCCGGCGGCAUAGGUGCAUGUCAAGGUGACUCUGGUGGACCACUGGUUGUCGGUGGCACACAGAUUGGUGUGGUAUCUAGGGGCAAUAAAUGUGAACGGGGAAGUCCAACCGUUUAUUCAAGAGUAUCCGCGUACAAAAGUUGGAUCACCGACGUAACAGGGAUUAGAUAACUAAAAUAUGAUAAAUAUUUGUUUUUUUUUUUUAACUGAAAACUUAAGCAAUGUGAGAUAAAUAAAUUGUUUAAUUUGUUAUACAUACAA